ACGGUCUAUAUAAGGUGGACAACAGGACCCCUGAUCGUCACUGCUAAUUCUACCUUCGUUUAGAGCACACACCCAUAGAGUUACCCUCACCAUGAAGUUGCUGUCGAUGGUUCUGGCCCUUGUCGUGGUCGCCUCGUGCCUGGUGAACUGGACCAGCGCCAUGCCUGACCCUUACGCCCUGGCUGACCCUUACCCCGAAGCCAACCCUGAAGCCACCCCCGACGCUGACCCUGAAGCCGAUCCUCACUUCUACGGAAGGCGCUAUGGGUAUGGAAGAGGAUUUGGAUACGGAGGGUUUGGCUAUAGAAGGCCUUAUGGCUACGGAGGCUAUGGAUACGGAAGGAGACACUUCUGGUAAAAUCUCGGGAUCCAGAUAACUGCCAUUCAACCAAGGAGUUCUGGUGUAAUGCUGGGCUUUCUUUGUGAAGUUGUAGUUAGCAGCUUAGAAUAAAUUUCCUCGAGGAAUG